CGGUGAAUACCUUGAAGUUGGCAGCCCUAUCAAAGACCGCUUCCCAAGCUGGAAGGCGAGAUGUAGUCCUUCGAUGGCUCUGCUCAUUCGCGAACUCGCCUAGCACUAAGCAAGCGCCGCAGCGAGCAACUGGCCACGCAGCUCAAGUGUCGACACGCCUCGUUUCACUUCCUACAGCCUUCCAAAGAAUAAGAAGAUGGUGCAGCACCAAGUGAAGGAGUACUUCCCCAAAGUGCCCAAGAUUGCGUUCGAGGGCCAAAAAGCCAAGAACGCGCUCGCUUAUCGCGAGUACAACGCGUCCGAGGUGAUCAUGGGCAAGACGAUGGAGGAGUGGUGCCGCUUUGCCGUCUGCUACUGGCACACCUUUGGUAACACGGGCUCCGACCCGUUCGGUGGAGAGACGUACACCAACCGUCUCUGGAACGAGUCUCUGGAGAACACGAACCUAUCGUCUCGUGAGCGUCUGCUGGAAGUCGCCAAGUGCAAGGCCGACGCAGCCUUCGAGAUGUUCACCAAGUUGGGCGUCAAGUACUACACAUUCCACGACGUGGACUUGAUCUCCGAAGGCGUCAACCUCGAGGAAUCCCAAAGUCUACUGGACGAGAUCUCAGACUACCUUCUGGACAAGCAGAACCAGACGGGCGUCAAGUGUCUGUGGGGAACCACCAACCUCUUCGGUCACCGUCGCUUCAUGAACGGCGCCAGCACCAACCCAGACAUGAAGGUGUUUGCGCACGCGGCGGCGCGAGUGAAGAAGGCGAUGGAGAUCACGCUGAAGCUUGGUGGAGAGAACUUUGUCUUUUGGGGAGGCCGUGAGGGUUUCCAGAGCAUCCUCAACACGGAUAUGAAGACGGAACUGGACCACAUGGCGGCGUUCUUUAAGUUGGUAGUCGCCUACAAGAAGGAGUUGGGAGCUACGUUCCAGUUUUUGGUGGAGCCCAAGCCUCGUGAGCCCAUGAAGCACCAGUACGACUACGAUGCUGCGACGGUCAUGGCAUUCUUACACACUUAUGGACUGCAGAACGACUUCAAGCUCAACAUCGAGCCAAACCACACGACGCUCGCGGGUCACGACUACGAACACGACAUUUACUACGCUGCGAGCUACAAGAUGCUGGGCUCAGUGGACUGCAACACGGGCGACCCGCUUGUGGGCUGGGACACGGACCAGUUCCUCAUGGACGAGAAGAAGGCUGUGCUCGUGAUGAAGAAGAUCAUCGAGAUCGGUGGCCUCGCACCUGGAGGCUUCAACUUCGAUGCCAAGGUGCGUCGCGAAUCCACGGACCUCGAGGACAUCUUCAUUGCGCAUAUCGGUUCUAUGGACUGUUUCGCUCGUGGUCUGCGUCAGGCGGCCAAGCUGCUGGAGAAAAACGAGUUGGGUGAGAUGGUCAAACAGCGCUAUGCCUCGUGGAAGAGUGCGCUUGGCGAACGCAUCGAGCAGGGAAAGGCUACACUCGAGGAGGUGGCGGCGUACGCGAAGGAGUCUGGCGAGCCGGACCACGUGUCUGGCAAGCAGGAGCUGGCCGAGCUGAUGCUCUUCCGUGGUGUGCAGUAAAUCUGGUUUGGCAUGGUAAAUUUCGUCAGUCAAGGAUCUGUAGGGCAGCUCAUUAUCUCUUGUGGUGGAAAUAAAAAAAAAUGUUUUGGAUGCGUCUUUUAAUCGUACUACGUCCACCGCUGUUGGACAGAACACAACGCAAACAAGAGUUUUGGACUGUAAACUUAUACAAG